AUGCCACUUAUGCCUGUUUACUUGGGUCUAAAUGGAAUGAGUAUAGCAGUCACGGAAUUCUAUUACACAUAUUUAUCACAAUCGAACGUAUGUAACCGUCUUUUCCCGUUAUGUGUAUCAGAUACAUUAGCUAUUGAUAAUGGAUUACGAUUAACUGAACAUUUAUCUACAUUCAUCAAUCUUCAUUAUUUACCUUUAAUUGACAUUAAACGUUCUUCAUUUGAAUUGAUACUCAACGCAUUCUCAUCUAACACUUCUCUUAUCAUGUUUAGCUUGCAUUUUCCAACUUAUUAUCGUGCUGCUUAUACAUUUGAAGGUGUAUCUGAAGGUGCAUAUUAUGAACGAAUAUUUCACUUAUUUCCUUUGUUACGUCUAUGUCAUCUUCGUUUCCGACGGUGCAUAUACAAGACUCUAGAUAGUGAAAUAGUUCUACCACUUAAUCAAGCUUUCAUGGCGAUUGAAACAAGACUUUUGAACUUACAAUCAAUUGUACUUCGAGAAUGUUCACUAACCUUUCUUAAACAUAUACUUGAACAUCAUCCACAAUUGCAAGAGCUCAACUUUAGUCUGACUGCUCCUUGGUUACCUAAUAAACAUCCACUAAUGAAUAGUGAUAACAAGUAG